CUGAAAGCCGGCCAUUUUGUUCAUAGUGCACUCAAAAAACAAGACGCGAUGACGGACAAGUAUGAUUCAAAUGGUGAUUAUUAUGGAGAUAAUUUCAAAAGAGACAAGAAUUCUAAAGGAGACACAGAUAUGGCCGGGGAAAGUGAAGAAAGCGCUUUAGCAAGCCAAAAAGCGAGUGAAUACGUUAGGGAAUUACUAGCGGAAAAGCUAGCAUUGGAUCAAGUAAAUUCACCCAAUGCUGCUAGGUUGAUCGAACAGGAGGUUGCAAAGGUUCAGCAAAUAGGAAAGGCUCCUCUGAAGGAAAACAAAUAUGUAGAUAUCUACAGAGAGAAACCGAUAAAGGUGACCGUAAAAGUCCUGGUACCUGUGAGGGAACAUCCUAAGUUCAACUUUGUUGGAAAACUUUUGGGACCGAAAGGAAAUUCGAUGAAACGCCUACAAGAAGAGACCAUGUGCAAGAUGGCUGUUCUUGGAAGAGGCUCCAUGAAAGAUCGGCAGAAAGAGGACGAACUGAGAAAUUCGUUAGACCCAAAAUACAGGUAACAGCUGUCUGAAGCCAA